GCUUAAUUUUUUGUGUUUAUUAACAAAUUUUUGUGUUGAACCAUCGUCAGUUUGUGACGAGAAUGAGACUAAUCAUCUUGACAAAAUAACGUCAUUAUAAAUAUUAUCUAAAUAAUAAAUCAAUUAUUUACAAUAAACAAUUGUUUUUAUUUAAUAUGGAAAAUCCAAUUCCUCAAAUAAUGGAAAGCAGUGAGAGCGAAUAUAAAAAACCAAAAGAUAGGUUAGUUAAUUUACUUGAUCAAAUUGAAUUAAGAGUUGAACAAUUAAGACGUGAUGCACUUAGACUUGAAGAAGAAAAAGAUACAAUGUUAACAACCCUUGAUACACUAAGAACAAAUGAAAUUUUAACAUUUUUGGAAGAAGCUGACAAAGAUGAUGUUUUACGAUAUGCUGAUCGUCUCUCGAUGAGAACUUUGACUGUUGAUGUACUUGUCAAGGUACAGCGUGAUCUGGUUCAACAAGAAGCUCUUCAUCAGGUAAAUGGUUUGAUUGAUAGUCUUGUCAUCAGCUUGAAGAGUGAUCCAUGCUCAACAAGAAAUCGUUGUGCUGCAUUUAUGAGUGCCUGUUCAUCACAUGGAAAUGAUUAUUCUGAUAAAGUAUUUGAAACAGCUAUAUUAGGCUGUACCUUGGAUGAUCAAAAACGUGUUAAAAAACGUUUACAAGGUCUUCUUGAUUAUAUUGAUAAAGUUCAUACAUUCGAAAUGCAAUGAGAGUCAUUGUCAACUGAUGAUUGUGCGUGGGGUAUCAAAGCAUUUGACAGGUUUGUCAUUAAAAAUACUUGACAGUUUAAUUUCUAUCAUUAUUGCUGAUAAUUAAAUCGAAAUAAUUUAUAGAAAUACAAUUCAUUUGAAAUAUAUAUAUUACGAGGUUUUAGCAUUCCUCUUUCAUGAAAUUGUUUAAUUAAUUACAACAAAAACUUAAAUGUAAUAUUUAAAUUAAUUAAUCAAUUUUUUUGUCAAGAAAAAAAUUCAUGCCUAAAAGACCAAAUGAAAUUGAUUAUGGUUUUUUUUUUUUUUUUCGUUUUCGUUUUUCUUUUUGGCUUAUUUGUAUUGUUAUAAAGAAAAAAAAAAAAAUCAUAUAAGCGUCCGUAGCAUCAAUGUAAUAUGUAUAAAUAAUUUUAAGCAAAAAUUAUUAAUUUUCAUUAAUUAUUUUUCAUUUCAAUGCAUAAUUAAAAUUAAAUAGAAAAAAAGAAAAAAGAUUGUCAAUAAAAAUGAAUAUUUAUUUCGACAAAUAAAUUAUUCUAUUGUCAAAAUUUUUUCAUAUUUUUUUUUUUCAUUUUGUUAUUAUUAAUGUUAACUAUUUUUCACGACUAUUUAUGUAUUUUUUUUUCGAUAUUCUUUAAUUUUCAUAUUUAAAAAAAAAUUAUUUACGAGAGCUUACUAAAUUAUCCUGUGAUAAAAAUUAAUUCUUUAAAUUUUCGUUCAUUUCAAGUUCAUAUUAUUAUUUAAACAAUGUAAACACAAGAUAAUUGUUGUUAAAAAAAAAUUAAACAUUAAGAUUUUCCAUAUAUAAUAAGGGUUGGGUAUUUAAUUUAUAUAAUAAAAAAAAAUAAAAAUAACUAGUUGAAAACUUUUCUUUUUUUUUUUCUUCUUCAAUUAAAUAUCCUCAUAAUAUUUGUUAAAUAAUAAUAAUAACCAUUAAAUAAAAUUUAUAAAUAAUUAAAAAAUAAAAUAUAAAAUUUAACAUUUUAAUUAUGUCGAUAGUUUGCAUAAAUUAAAAAUUGCGUAAAGUAAUAAAAAUAUAAAAAAAAAAAAAGAAUGUUUUUUCAUCAUGCCACAAUAUUUUCUCGAGUUCAUUGACAUUUGUUUCGUUUAGCCUUGACAAAGGUGAAGGUCAUGAUGAAAAAAAAUAAAAAUAAAAACCU